AUGAGAGCUGCUCUCGGGGUCCUGGCCGGGGCCACGACCAUUGCCCUGUCCCAGGCAGCCAGUUUGGCGGAUGUCUGUACCACUAGCCAUGCAAAGUCGUCCUUGCCCAGCAGUGACGAAAUUGAAGGUCUUGAAAUCGACACUUCAUCCAUCACCGCCAGUGCUGUCUACAAUGCUUCCACGUCGGGUAGCUACUUCUACCCUGCCGCCUCCUACAGCUACUGCAACGUGACCCUCUCGUACACCCGGCCGGGUCUGGAUACUCCCCUGCUGUUGGAGCUCUGGUUGCCCGCUCCCGAGGACUAUCAAAACCGGUGGCUGUCCACGGGCGGUGGAGGCUUCGCCAUCAACUCCGGCACCAGCUCCCUUCCCGGUGGUGUGAUGUAUGGAGCUGCUGCGGGUAUCACAGAUGGUGGUUUUGGAGGAUUUGAUACCCAAUUUGAUGCCGUUUUCCUCGAAGCCAAUGGUACCAUCAACUAUGAGGCAUUGUAUUCUUUUGGCUACCUCGCUCAUCACGAACUUACAAUCGUCGGAAAAGCCUUCAGCCGCAACUUCUACAGUCUGGGUGACUCCAAGAUCUACGCCUACUACCAAGGUUGCUCAGAGGGUGGCCGCGAAGGUUGGAGCCAGGUGCAACGCUAUGCAGACCAGUGGGAUGGAGCCGUUAUCGGUGCCCCUGCAUUCCGGUACGGCCAGCAACAAGUGAACCACCUCUACCCUGACGUAGUUGAACACACUCUGGGCUACUACCCUCCUACCUGCGAAUUGGAAAAGAUCGUCAACUUGACCAUUGCGGCCUGCGAUGCCCUUGAUGGCCGUGUCGAUGGCGUGGUGGCUCGUACCGAUCUGUGCAAGUUGCACUUCAACGUCAACUCGACCGUUGGUGCUCCUUACUCCUGCCCGGCAUCUACCACCACCACAGUCCUCAAGAAGCGCACUUCGAUGUCCAACACCACCCCCGCACAGAACGGUACUGUUUCUGCUAUCGGAGCUGCCGCAGCCAGCAAGAUGCUCGACGGGCUCCGCACCCUGGACGGCCGCCGUGCUUACAUCUGGUACCAGCCCUCGUCCACCUUCGACGAUGCCCAGACCCAGUACAACUACGACACCGGAAAGUGGGAGCUGGAUAUCACCUCCCUGGGCGGUGAAUGGGUGGCCCGCUUCCUGGAGCUGCGCGAUGCAGACAACCUCUCCAGCCUGGAUAACGUCACGUACGAUACCUUGAAGGAGUGGAUGGAGCUUGGAUGGCAGCGCUACGAGGACAGCCUCCAGACCACCUGGCCCGACUUGACCCCCUUCCAAUCGGCCGGAGGAAAGAUCAUUCAUGUGCAUGGAGAGUCCGACCCCAGUAUCCCGACCUGUUCGUCCGUGCACUACCACGAAUCCGUCCGCCAGAUCAUGUAUCCCGGCAUGUCGUUCAACGAGAGCUCCCAGGCUUUGAAUGAGUGGAACAGGCUGUAUCUGAUCCCUGGUGCUGCGCAUUGUGCGUCUAGUACCACCCAGCCUAAUGGCCCCUUCCCGCAGACCACCCUCGAGACGCUCAUCCAGUGGGUCGAGGGAGGCGUCUUCCCAACCCGCUUGAAUGCCACCGUGCUGGCAGGUGAGCGGAAGGGUGAGCAGCAGCAGCUGUGCGCGUGGCCCUUGCGCCCCUUGUGGAAGAACAAUGGCACUGUCAUGGACUGUGUGUUUGAUGAGGAGUCGUACAAGACUUGGGUGUAUGAUUUUGAUGCGUACAAGCUGCCCCUGUACUAG